AUGGCAGCCUCUGCCACCUCCACCGCGCCCAUGGUCGUCGACAUGAUGCAGCAUCAAGAUGACGCCAACCGCCCCGACCUCCCCCGUCCCUACAAGUGCCCGCUCUGCGACAAGGCCUUUCACCGUCUCGAGCACCAGACGCGCCACAUCCGCACCCACACGGGCGAGAAGCCGCAUGGCUGUCAAUUCCCUGGAUGCACCAAGCGCUUCAGCCGCUCCGACGAGCUGACCCGACACUCGCGCAUCCACAGCAACCCCAACUCGAGGCGCGGCAACAAACAGCACGUCGCUGCUGCACAUGCCGCCGCGGCCGCCAUCCAAGGUGGCAUGUACGACAGCACUGCCAUGCAACACAUGAACCACCCCGUCGGCCACAUGAACCAUCAUGCGCCAUCCGGCAACGGGCCUCACCAAGCCACGCAGUCGACAUCUCCUCCGCACUCCUCCCUCCAUGCGAUGCCGCCGCCACCCAUCUCUCACUCCGCACCCGGCUCGCAGCCGACGUCGCCCAACAUCUCGCCGCCCCACUCCUACGCUACCACUUACUCAAGUAACCCCGGAUCGUACAUUCCACGCAACACGAGUGGCGACAUGAGUCCUGCGCAGGGAGCCUACCACCGACCGAUGGACAUCAAUCUGCUCGCGACCGCUGCGUCGCAGGUGGAGCGGGAAAACAACAACAUGUCCUACAUUCCCAAUCACAACCUCUCCCUUCCCACACGGCAUCAGUACUACCACAGCUCCCCCUACCAUACGGGGCGCAUGCCGUCACUCUCCUCCUACCACUACUCAUCGAACCCGACAUCUCAACCAAUGUCACGCUCUCAAUCCGACGACGAAGGUUAUGCACAGCGGAUGGGGAAGAAAUCCAAGCCCAACACUCCCCAAUCCACCGCGCCUCCAUCCCCGGAGUUUCCUCACGAAUCCACAUCGCCUACGCCAGAUCACACGCCGCUCGCCACCCCAUCGCAUUCCCCGCGACUCCGCCCGCAGUACUUCCACAACGGCGUUCAACUACCCACUCUCAACCACCUGACCCUUCAAAACCAGCCCCCGCCCGCUUUGGCGCCCGUCGAGCCCGCGGCAGAUGGUCACCAACCCUACAUUCCCCAGCACCACAGCGGGUUGCGCAUCAGCGAGAUUGUGGAAUCUGGCGAUGGUGCAAGGAGGAAGCUCCCGAUUCCCAUGGUGGCAUCGAAAGACGGGUCAUUCGCCAAAAUCAACGAUCUCGUCAACCCGGACAGUGGGCAGAACAGCAGAGGCGUCAGCGAGGCCGGCAACGACCUGCACGAUCGCAUGUGA